ACAGUUCGGCAUCACCAGUAUCAAAUUACACGCAUAAGGUAGUAGAUGGGCUCAACCGCCCCCCAGAGCCAAAACCCAAACCCACCACAUGUCUACACCGGCGCGGCCGGUGUAGUAGGCGCAGGCAUCGCCGGACUCUGCGCAGCCAUCGGCCUGCGCCGGGCAGGGUGGGAGGUGGAAGUGUUUGAGAAAUCGCGGUUCAAGAACGAGAUUGGCGCCGCUAUCACGGUGCCGAGCAACGCGACCUUGGUGCUGAAGCGCUGGGGGUUUGAUCUGGAGAAGGCCGGCGCCGUGCCAAACGACAAGCUUACUAUAGCCCGCGCAGCAGAUUUGGAGGUUUUCUACCGCGAGGAGUUCCCCGAAAUGGCCAGCGAGUUUGGCCAUGGGAUCUGGACCAUCCAUCGGGUUGAUUUGCAUCGGGGGUUGAGGGAGAUUGCUACUGCUAUUAGACGGGAGUCAGCGGAUGGUGAGGAGGAGGGUCGAUUCGGCCCGCCGGUUGAGAUUCGGUUGGGAUGUGAGGUUGUGGGCGUGGACUGUGAGAGAGGGAUUCUAAGGCUGCCGGAUGGGCAGACGGUUGAGAAGGACCUCGUGAUCAUUGCGGACGGGGCACAUAGUGCGUUGCUAUCCGACUUCACGGGCCAUCCCUCUGUGGACCAGCGCACAGGUCGUUCCGUUUACCGCUGGCUUGUUUCCAUGGACGACGUGAUGGCAGAUCCUGUUCUGCGCGCCCAAUACGAGGGCGAGCUUCCAGGAUACACGGCCUACAGUUCUCCAGACAUGAAACUGCUGUGGGUGACCUACACCUGCCGCGGGGGCAAAGUCCUGAACAAUGCCCUCGUGCACACCACGCAAACCGGCGAGGGCGAGCCCGGCGAGGAGAACCAGUGGCAUGCACCUGUUUCGCGGGAUCAAGUCCUCUCACGCCUGGAGGGUUUCCACCCGUCCCUGAAAAAGAUUGUUGCCAUGGCCAGCGAGGACGGCAUCAAAGUGCACAACCUGUUCAAGCGGCCAGCCCUCACAAGCUUCGUGCGAGGCGUCACGGCCGUGGUGGGCGACGCCGCGCAUGUCAUGCUUCCCACCCACGGUGCAGGCGGCGGGAUAGCCAUCGAGUCAGCCGCAAGUCUGGAAGUCCUUUUCAGCCGGGUCGACGGCAGAAACGGUGCAAUGGUGCAGCAACGCCUGGCCGUGUUCGACAAACUGCGUAUCCCCCGGUGUAACCUUACCAUGCUGGCAUCCAACGGUGGCCCGGAAUGGCGCCAGCUGCCCGGGGUCGUGGAGGAGAUACGGAGGUUCUACUCUGGGCCGCUGCCCCCUGCUGGGUUGCUGCAAUACAACAAGCCGUUUAGAGAGAUCUUCUUCUGCCACGACGAGUUCCGCGCCGCGGGGCAGGCAUUGGCGCAGCUAAAUCAAGCGCCGAGUUCCUCCGGCCUGGCAUCAGCGGAGGCGGAGCAUGACAGCCCUGGCGCUGCGCCAACACCGUGACACUGCUGGGGCUGGGCGUUUGCGGGUAAGUUGGUUGGUGAGGAGACCAGCUUGGGGGGUCUGAUAUUACGGCUCUCUCGGGGUAUCAACCCGAUUCAUGCCACUGUCAUUAACCCGGUGCCGUAUCAUGUGGGGUUUUGUGUUGGCAGCAAGACUCGCAUAUACACGCAUGAGAUAACUGUC